GCUCCUGCUGCCUGUGCCCGGGGCUCCUGCUGCCUGUGCCCGGGGCUCCUGCUGCCUGUACCCGGGGCUCCUGCUGCCUGUGCUCGGGGCUCCUGCUGCCAUCACUGCCGGUCCCCAGCUGUAGACUCUGCAGACUUCUUGACUCUCUUCUUUAUGUCCUGCUCCUUGUCCUUCUGCUGCUGAUCCUGGUUCUCCUGCACCUGGAGAACUUCCCCAUCUCAGCAGAUCUUGGAUGCCCACCCCUGAAGUGUCACUACUUAAGUAAUGGAUGCCCAUCAGACCCACCACACCAGGACCUCUUCUAGAACAUGGUGCCCACUGUAACUUAUGUGCCAUCCUGGAGACCCUCCAUACAUUUGGUCUAUGAUUAUCUUAGGCAGCCACUAUAUUGCACCUACUUGCAACUUUGUCAUUGGGCGACCAGUAUGAUCAUGAGCUUCCACCAUCAUAGUAUGUUCCCUGAGACUCUCUAUACCAUCCCACUACCAUAGUAACUCAUGACACCAACCCUGCUGGAUUCAUCGUCCAUAGGAUUGUUGGAUACCCCCCUAUAAGUGUUCAUGGAGGAUUCAUUCACCCUCGGAGAUACAUUAUAAGAGUUGAUGGGGAAUUCUGAAAUUAUUUAGCGACAUUGUAGCAGUUUGAUAAACAUCUGAUCCUUGGUGCCCACCUGGACCCUCUGCCCUACCUCGCUGAGCCUUUACUCCUCCAGUUCUUUGUGCCUGAAUGCAAAUCAUGGGAAUAAUAUUUACAUAACCCGUCAAUGAGCUGCCACCCUUUAUCUGGAUUACUCGGAAGAACUAUAGUAUCUACCUCUUUUAGGCCUUGACGUGCUGUAUCAUAUAGUCCUCUAUGAACUGUGCAUUAUGCAAUUUUUGGUGCCAGAAGAGAUGCCAGCCUAUCUAUAGUCAUGGAGCGGCCAUCUGUCUAGUUUUUGCCCUUUUGUCUCUAGGUCCCCAUUGGAUGACCCAUUGUUUUGUGUGGCCUUUGGUUGUUGUAGCUUUACACCGAUCCCAAUGCCUUAUAGUGAGUGUGCAGAUUAUUGUGCCCCAUUGGUUUUGUAGCCUGGCACGCUCUUGAGCUUCGGUUCCUUGCACUCGGAGUUUCAGAGAGUCUGAAGACAUGGAAGACACACAACUUCCUUCUGGGUUGCUGGAGAUCUGUGUCCUUGUGGGACCCUCUGUUGAUGACAUCAGAGAGAUAGACAAGGUCGCCCAGAAAGGUAUAAGAAGUCUCCAAGCGGUGGAACCAGAAAUCACCUCUGCAUUCGUUCCUCCAUUUGUAUCCAAAGAGGAAGCGCAGAACUCGUCGGCCGCCCAGAGCCCGUACCAGAGGGUGGCGAAGAGGCGAUCCUUCCGGAAGAAGAAGGCGGAGAGGCCCAAGGUGGAGUCUGGGAACAGUAACAACGUGGAGCCCACCACCGAGGAGAUCAGUGUCCCCAAAGACAUUGACCUGAUUGGGUUACCCCAACUCUGCUUCCCAGGGGGGCUGCAGGUGACCCUAGAACCCAAAGAGGAGCAUUUCCAUUCCCUCAUAUUUACAGAUGUUUUGGGGAACAGGUCGUAUGGAGUUGUUGUUCAGUUUUCCAGGUCUUUCCAGGAUACAUUAGGACCGUCCAAUGGGCAGGUUUACUGGGACUCCUCCAGCAGUAUUACCAAGACGUACGAGGCUUAUGUAUUUUUUGCCAUUUGCGUUAUAUCCAGAUAUCCUUACUACAAUGCCCUAAAGGACUGUCUAUCAUGCCUCCUUCCACAACUAAAGCCUAGCAGGAGUGUCAGUCUUGAUGAUCGUAUCAAGGAGUUUGCUGCAAAACUAUCUCUGAUUCCUUGUCCUCCCCCGGGACCCCUCCAUCUGGUUUUCAACAUGAAGCCUCUGCAGAUUGUUUUCCCAUCAAGAGAAGAGCUCGAGAGCCCCAUCAUUGAUUUGGAUCUUCAUCUGCCCUUUCUCUGCUUCAGCCCGAAACAGGUGUUACAGAUCAUGGCCUGCAUCCUGACCGAGCAGAGAAUCGUCUUCUUCUCCUCAGACUUUGCCCUGUUGACCCUCAUUGCCGAGAGCUUCAUGGUCUACCUCCACCCCAUCAAGUGGCAGCACACCUUCGUGCCCAUUCUUUCGCACCACAUGCUGGACUUCAUCAUGGCGCCCACAUCUUUUCUCAUGGGUUGCCACCUGGAUCAUUAUAAGGAAGUUUGUAAGGAAGGUGAGGAUUUAAUAUUAAUAGAUAUUGAUAACGGCAACAUCUCCUGCUCCGGGAACAGGAUCGACUCUGACGACUGUGAUGUCCCGGACAUGCCGGUAAUGGCUGCAGAGACCUUUAUAUGCAGUAUGGAGAACCUUCUGCUGCACUAUGACUUGGAGCAGUCUCAUCGAUCAACAACCCUGGACAUCGGAGAGCUGAGAUUGCGGAGACGGAUGUGGCAGCAAAACCUGAACAGCAAAAUCCAGGAGAUCGCUCUGCAGCUCAUUGUGGACGUCUUCAGGGAUGUGAAGGCGCACCUGAAUUAUGAGCACCGGGUGUUUAACAGCAGGGAGUUCCUGAAGAGCAGCAGUCCAGGAGACCAGGCCUUCUACAGAAAGGUCCUGGACACCUACAUGUUCAACUCCUUCCUUAAGGCUCGACUCAGUAAAAAAAUGGAUGACUACGCCCGCAUGGAGCUGAGCUCGUCCUCCGGGAUUGACGGGAGAUCAACUCUGCCCCUGGAAAACACCAGGCAGCGGGCCACCGAGAAGAUGAAGCGUUUUAGGCCGGAGCACAUGUUCAGCAAGAAGCUGGUUAUCAGUAUGCCGAACCUGCAGACUAUAAAGAUGGCCGACGUCCCGCAAGGACCGAUGUCCCUGAGGAGGCCCCUGCAGGAGAACGGAUACAAUUUAACAGGGAAGACGGUCCACACAUUCCGACUCCCUGAAGUGGCUUUUCCUCUCUCCGCUCGCUGCGUCCAGACAUAUUAUACAGAAUUUACAAACUAUCUCAGCAAAGAGAUCAGCGCGCUGCCGCCCGAGAACUCCACCCUGCUGGCCCGAUACUACUACCUCCGAGGACUGGUGGGCCUGAUGCAGGGGAAGCUGCUCGGAGCUCUGUCCGACUUUCAGAAACUUUAUAAAACCGAUCUGCGGAUCUUCCCCAUGGAGCUGGUGAGGAAGGUCGUCCUGUCCCUCCCCGCAGCCGAGCGCCAGAAGGCCGACUGUAGGCCCGAACUGAAGAGGCUCAUUGGGCAAGUGCUGGACAAGGAGAGGGAGGUCCCCAGGGCUGACGACCGCGUGAAGAAGUUUGAGUUACCGAAGACGCAUCUUCACCUGGAAGACUUUGUACGGAGGAUCCAGGAGUCCGGAAUCGUCAAAGACAUUGACACUAUUCACCGAUUGUUUGAUGCUUUAACUGUUGGUUACCAGAAGCAGAUCGACCCGGACAUCUUCAGGGAUUUCUACAACUGCUGGAAAGAAACGGAGGCAGAAGCGGAGGAGGUGGACCUCCCGUCUGGGGUCGCCGAGCGCCUGGAUCAGAAUGAGUUUGUGUAUAAACUUUCCAGCUCAGUAAAAACCAACCUCGGCGUCGGGAAAAUCGCCAUGACCCAGAAACGCCUCUUCAUUCUAUUAGAGGGAAGACAGAGCUACGAAGAAAUCGCCAUCUUCAGGAAUAUAGAGGAUGUGAAGAUCUCCACUUCGGCCUUCUUGCUCCUGAGGAUUCAGUCUCUCCGGAUUAAAGUCUCCACCAGGAAGGAAGUAUUUGAAGCAAACCUGAAGAGUGAAUGUGAACUGUGGCAAAUGAUGAUCAAGGAGAUGUGGGCCGGGAGGAACAUGGCCGAUAGUCACAAGGACCCUCAGUACGUACAGGAGGCCCUGACUAACGUCCUGCUCAUGAACGCCGUGGUCGGAGCGCUGCAGACGGCCAAAUCCAUCUAUGCUGCCUCCAAGCUGUCCUACUUCGACAAGAUGAGGAAUGAAGUUUCCACGAUACCAAUGACGACGGCCGAUACGCUGAAGCACAGGAUUAACCCUUGUGCGGGGGAGACGGUCCCUCAGUCAGUCGAUGUCCUGCUCUACACACCUGGACAACUGGAUGCUUCACUGAGGGACGACUGCCCCAAACUGUGGUGCGCCCUGGGGGAGGGGAAAGUGGUCGUGUUUAACGCCUCCACCUGGUCCAUCCAACAACACUGUCUUAAAGUGGGGAACACUAAACUGAGGUGCAUGGUGGGAGUUGAGCAGAGUCAGGUGUGGAUCGGAUCCAGCGACUCCAUGAUCUACAUCAUCAAUACGCACAGCAUGUCCUGCAACAAGCAGCUGAACGACCACCACGGGGAGCUAGUGGACAUAGUCAUGGACAGCAGCGACCAGCAGAAGAGACUGGCGUACUCCUGCAGCACAGACGGGAAAGUCAUUGUGUGGGCCGUCAGCACCUUGAAGAUCCAGCACAGGUUCCAGCUCCAGUACGAGGACAUCACCUCCAUGAAGAUGUACAAUGACCUGCUGCUGUACUGUACUAAAGACUUGGUCGUUGUAACCAACAAAAGGAGGGAAUACUGUUUAAAGCUGGAGAUCACCGAGAACCUGCGGAAAAUCAGCUCAGCCUUCUACUCCAUCCAGCUCUUCCCUGAGAAGUCGCAGCUGUGGGUUUCAUGUAAAGGCGGCAAUGAGAUCUGCGUGUUCGACAUGAAGGAUUUCUCCAGGCCCCCAUACAAGAUCCUACUGCAGGACUGCUCCGUCAUCACAUGCAUGCUGAAAGUGAAACAACAGAUCUGGGUUGGCAGCAAAGGACUAUCACAGGGUAAACAGAAAGGGAAGAUCUACAUCAUCGACGCGGAGAGAAAGACGGUGGAGAAGGAGCUGGUGGCGCACAUUGACGUGGUAAGGUCCUUGUGUUCUGCGGAGGACAGGUAUGUCCUGAGCGGAUCCGGGGAUCAGGACGGUAAGGUGGCCAUAUGGAAGGUGGAGUGAAGUUCUGACGACACAAGCCGCCCUUUGAGUUCGAAAAUUUUGGCCACAAGGAUAAAGGAGGCGAGCGAGUCCAGAAGAACCGAGUGCCUUAGACGUGAUCUUGGCGGAGGGCGAGUUGGUGGAACCGUGUUACGUGAGCAAGGGUCAAAGGUUAGGACAAGUCAAGUACAAGAUGACUGCUUCCAAAAGUGUGGUCAAAACUGGAACACCAUACAAAUACUUGGCUAGUUCCUUGAGUUACCCAGCACUAUAACAAAUACGGAGAAGAGAGAUCCAGGAACCAGCGACAGACGAGAUGUAAGAAAUCCUCCGACUGGGUCUCAGCUGCUGCUAAGUCAACGUGGAGUCAGAGAGUAUUGGGGGAUUACACUAAGAUUCUAUUUAUAAUGUGGACAGGUCAUGUGACAGUUUUAGGACCAAUCUUAUAAAGGAAGGAGGGAUUUAAUCUCCAUUAAAUCUGGACAACCCUUCUGAUUUUUGUGAAUUAUUCCGUUUACUGCUGGGAAGGGUCUGUGGGUGCGGAGGUGUCGGUAAUGAUCCACUGUAUAUAUUGUUACAUAAAAACCAUAGGUCACAUCAUUCCUCACUCCAAUGUUCUCCAACCAGGGAGUCUCCAGCUGUUGCAGAACUACAACUCCCAGCAUGCCAGGACCACCAUUGGCAGCCAGGUUGGGCAACAUUGCCUCAAUCCAUUACUGCUUUAUGCACCUUUGGAUAUUCAGUGGAAAUUGCCUAUUGUCUGGCAGAACGGUAUAGAAAGUUUUUAAACCUAACCAACCAAAGAUUACAGACUGAGCUCUUCUGACUCUCAGCCCUGACACAUCUUAAAAAUAACUGAGCUUUUCUUUAUCAAACAAACUCAGCUUUGCAUCUUAUGGCUCUGCUCUGCCGCCUCUGGCAGUCUCUGCUCUGCCGCCUCUGGCAGUCUCUGCUCUGCCGCCUCUGGCAGUCUCUGCUCUGCCGCCUCUGGCAGUCUCUGCGCUGCCGCCUCUGGCAGUCUCUGCGCUGCCGCCUCUGGCAGUCUCUGCGCUGCCGCCUCUGGCAGUCUCUGCGCUGCCGCCUCUGGCAGUCUCUGCUCUGCCGCCUCUGGCAGUCUCUGCUCUGCCGCCUCUGGCAGUCUCUGCUCUGCCGCCUUUGGCAGUCUCUGCUCUGCCGCCUCUGGUUAGUCUCUGCUCUGCCGCCUCUGGCAGUCUCUGCUCUGCCGCCCCUGGAAGAAUCAGCUUUGCUGUGUCUUGAAAGCUAGGACAUGCAGCACCUAAGUCUCAGGUCUUUUUGCAUCUGACUAAUUCAAUUCCAAUGAAUUUAUCAAUCUAGCUUUACUGAAUAUGUCAAACUCUGCUACGCUCUAUCUGACAAACACGGCUACACUACAUCCGACAAACUUAUGAGAACCCUGCAGAAAACAUUGUUGCUGGAACUGCAAAGUAGUGAGGGUGAUUUUACUGGGAUCACCUCCUUAGAAGGUGCAGCGACAUGGACUCAACCAAGGACAUGUUCCCAAGAAUGGUAUCUUCUGUUUAUUAAAGAAAUGAUCCAGGGUUAGAAAAAUUAUUGCUGCUUUAUUGUCCUUAGUUUGCAUGUGGUAUUGCAGCUUAAAGUGAGUUCCAUUAAAGUGAAUGGAGCUGCACUGUAAUACUGCACACAACCUGAGAACAGCUGUGGCGCUAUUCUUCGGGAAUAAAAUAAUUUUUUAAAAUUAACCUUAAAUAUGGCAAGAGAAUCAAGAGUGACAGAACUCGCACUACACGGGAUCCCGGGAUGAGGGGGGGUUGGUUUCUUGAGGAUUCUCCCUUUCUAGAUUGAUGCUGCAAAAUCAUAUGUGAGCUGUUAUAGGAGAAACAGCGCCACUUUUAUCGUAAGUUUUUUUGUGGUAUUGCAGUUAAAGGGGUACUCUGGUGGAAAACUUUUAUUUAAUUAAUUAAUUUAUUUAUUUAUUUUCAACUGGUGCCAGAAAGUUAAACAGAUUUGUUAA